GCCCGAUUCGCGGAAUCAGUGAAGGCAGCAAAAUGGGCGAAGAAGGAGCAGGCUGAUCGCCUCCUGGCAGCUACAAGGCUCAACUUCUGUCGAGAUGCGUUUUCUCUUCCUGUUGCCGCUCUGCGCGGCCCUGUUUCUCCUGCCCGGCCCGUGCUCAUGCGUCGGUCGUCCCGCAGAGCCCUUUCCUAACCCCCAGCGAGACCUCGAGCAGUGCGGUUUGGUGCAGCCGGCGUGGAUCUGUGACCCUGACCACGUCCUGUCGUCGGUGACUGAGCGGGAGAAAGUGCAACACAUCCUCAACGACAUAUACGAGAACGUGCAGGUGGAGUGCCCAGAUGGAUCAAAGAAAGGAUUCCAGGUAGGGCAGGCAGCUGACACAAUCAAUGGUCAUGUGUGUGACUGGUAUGCGCUGAUUGGUUGGUGCAGGUUGGCGUCGCAUUGGUGGAGAAGAUGAUGAUAGGCUGGGCGGACGUCGAGGACAUGGCCUCAAAGUAAGGCAGCAGCAUCUCUGGACGGCCGAUGGGCAGGCCAGCAAUUGCCUCCCUACUGUGUUUCCUGCUUGCAGGUAUGCAUCCAAGAUCGGUCGCCAGUGGGGUGUGGGCCACGCCGGCUGUGACAACGAGGUCAUGUUCUUCAUGAGCUUAAGGGACCGGGUCGUGCACAUCAAGACGGCGCGACAAGCGGCCAUGCGCGUCAGUGACUACGACAUCGAUGGUAUCAUCGAAUCCAUGAAGUGAGUGAGUGAGUGAGUGAACAUUCGAACCUGUUGCAAGCCUGUCCUCCUCCGGUCACUUGACUUGAUGCCUCUCUGCCCUGCCCUGCAGGCCGUCUUUGCGUGCCGGCAAGUACGACAAGGCGGUGCAAGGCGGCCUCAUUCUGCUGAAGCGCGAGUUGCAGAAGCCCCCCCGCCAACCUGUGGACAUUUCCUUCGUUUUCAGCGCCUGGGUGGUUCCCAUAUUCGUCGUGGUAAUGGUGCUCGUCUGUGGCGGGUGGCGGGUGAUCGCUGCCCUGCUGAUCGGCAUGUUCAUGGGCUUGGCGAGUCUCAUCGGACAUGCCAUCGCGACUGUGGCCGACUGCUGCAGGUGAGGGUGUGGCUCUGGGAGGAGUGAGUACAUCUGUGGAUGGGAUGGAUGGUGCAACUAACUGUUUGUGUGUCUCUUCCAGGAACAUGCUGGUCAAGCGGGAGCGAGCCGAGGCCCAGGCAGCCCUCGACCGUGUGGCCAACGAGCUGGGCGUCACCCCCUCAGCCCCCCCUCUCGACCCAGACGCCCAGCCCUCACCAGUGACCGCCCCCUCUCCCUCUGACUCGCCCACCCACCAGUCGCAAGCCAUCUACCACCUGGUGGAGGACAACACGUCGCACAUCUGUCCCAUCUGCUUGGAGGAUCUCAUCCCACCCCGCACGGACAAAACCGGCACGAAAAAGAAGGACCAGAAGGACAGCGGCAAGGGUGGGUCGGGCGGAGUGCGUGAGCGAGAGGUCAAGGCGCUGCCGUGUGGCCAUCGGUUUCACAAGGUCAGCACGCAUCCCGCCACAUACACAGAUCGUUCGCUGACUGACAUGUCUCUGUCUGUCUGUGUGGGUGCGUCUGAUAGGUGUGUGUGGAUGAGUGGCUGCGGGCGGGCGGCGCCACCUGCCCCCUGUGUCGGGCCGAGGCAGGCGACGACGACACGGGACCGCCGCUGGCACACGAACGACCUGACGAACGACGGUAGGCGUCUACCCGCACAUCAAAAGAUACUCACAACAAACCCAUCCACUGACGCACCAAUGGUUCCUGCAGGUAUCGUCGUCGCGUUGAGUACUUCCUCCGUCGGCUUGCGGCUCGGUUUCCCCGCACGCUCGGCCGCUCCGACAUGGGCGCCUAUCGCACGACAUUCAUGGGCGCCCGGCCACGGCCCACACCACACACGGGCGGGGGGGCGUGCUUCACGACCUACCAGCCGCCUGUUUUCAUCCACGUGAGACAAUAACAACCGAACACACAACAGACAGACAGUCGAAGGACGGCUUGUGUUGUUGUCCACGUGUGUGUGUCCAGGUGCCCCCCGUCCCCCAGCCAGCCCCUCCCCCCGUGCGCGUGCCCCUGCCGACGUUUGAGCAGACAUACAACAAUGUAAGCACAGUACACACAAGAGAGAGAUUCCAAACGCACAGGCAAGAGAUACUCUUCAUUCACGUGUCCUCCCGCCCGUUAGAUUCGCUGGGUGCUCACAACUCCUGUCGUGCCGCCCGAUGCCUUCGCUGCCCCAACCACCACUCACCGCCCCGACACGACGACCCAGACCACCCAGCCCCACCAGGCGCCGCAUCAGGCCCACCGCCACCACGAUUGGGGCGGCUGGAGCUUCGGCCACUCGAGCACUGGUUUCGGCGGUGGGGGCUUCUCGGGUGGGGGCGGGGGCGGGAGCAGCGGAACAUGGUGAAGAACGAAGGCAUUGUAUGCGGGUCGAGAGGGAGUCCAGGGGCAGAUACAAUGAUGGGGCGAGGGAAGGGGGGACGGAGGGUAGGUGCACUGUACAGGCAACAAAUGAAUGACGUGGGUCGGGUCGGAGGGAGCAAGUCUGGUAUACAUGUAUUUGUGCGAGUGUGGGCAUUCAUUCUUUUUGAUGGAAUCGAAUCGCCUUCCCUGUAUGUUGCCCGCCCUCGGUGCGGACGAGCACGGAAGAAAAGACAAAGGGGAAGGGAUUGCGAAAGGCGCGAGGCAGAUUUACCGCUUUUGUGCAAUAAUUUGGUUCUGUGUGAAGAAUCAGAGCCGUCAGUUCCGCUGGCAGUGUCGGAGGCCGCUGCUCACGGUUGAGACGGUGAUGAUGCUCCAUACGUUGGACCAACUCAAUGAAUGCACAGCGACAGACGAAUGGAAUCGGGCACCAACCCGUGACAGUGUGUGCACUACAGAUUAGUGGCCACGUGUAUGUGUGUGUACAGUAAGCACAUUGCCUGCUAUUUGAUCAAGACUGACAGACAGACACUGCACUGCUUCGUUCGUCUCAAUGGUUUGUUAAUAGC